GCGACCACCCAAAAUUGCCAGCCCGCAAAUAUCCUAAUCUGACUUGAUUUGAGUCUACCUACUCAAACUCCACCUUCUCUUCCACCAAGACAACCACAAACACUCUCGACAUUGACAACAGCACAAGACUGUCAAGAUGCCGAGCCACAAGUCUUUCCGAACGAAGCAGAAGCUCGCUAAGGCGCAGAAGCAAAACAGACCUAUCCCACAAUGGAUUCGUCUUCGCACUGGUAACACCAUCAGAUACAAUGCCAAGCGAAGACAUUGGCGCAAGACUCGUCUCGGCAUCUAGAUGCCUCGCCCACUUCCCUACAUCUUCUCUAUCGGCUACCUCUGUUCCUGGGGGAUUCACCGAAUACACCAUGUCGCCAUCACGUACGAACCAAUGCAGUUAGGCAGUUUUCGGGGGACGAAAUUAGCAGUGGAUGAACAACUCUGGCAUGGUUCCGGUUGGGCUUCCCUCCAGGUAGAAAAAAAACCUAUGGUAUCCGUAGCAGGAUAAGGGGGGUGGAAAUACAUCAUGCUUAAGCCGAUUCAUUAGUUUUCUUCAGGGCUCAUAAUUCGCGAUUUGCAUGGUACCGGUUAUAGGGAAUGAAAACAACACGUUUGCGACGAUAAGAAA